GAAGAAAGAGAAGGAGAAGGGGAAGAAGGAGGAGGAGAAUAAAGAGGUAAAGAAGAAAGAGGAGGGGAAGGGGAAGAAGAAACGGAAGGGCAAAAAGAAAGCAGUGGAGCCGUCCACAACAGAGGUGCAGGUGAAAGCCCCCAUCGCUGCCCCGGAGCCAGAGCUCAGAGCGGAGGCAGAGGGGGAGGCUGAACAGGAGAUGCAGGAGGAGCCUGUAGAGGCCCAGGACCAUCACUCCAUCAGCAGCGCAGAGACACAGCCAGCACAGGAGGAGCAGAAGGCGGACACUGAGGUAGAGAAGGAGGCGGUCGUAGAGGAGGUAGAGAUGAAAGAAGAAACAGAGGAAGAGCUGGCCGAGCAGAUGGAGGAGGUGGGAGAGGCGAACGGAGGGGAGGGGGAGAACACUAACGGAGAAGAGGAGAAGAAGGUGGCAGCAGAGGAGGCCAAACCCUCCAAGCGCCCUCGGAUCAUGCAGUGUAAAGUCACCCUCCUGGACGGCACUCUGUUUGAGUGUGAGCUCGAUAAACAUGCGAAGGGCUCGGAUCUGUUUGUGAAGGUGUGUGACCACCUCAACCUGCUGGAGAGAGACUACUGUGGCCUGGCCGUCUGGGAUACCCCCACCUCCAGGACAUGGCUGGAUGCCUCCAAAGAGAUCCGGAAACAGGUGGCAGAUUAUACAUACGAGUUCACUUUCAACGUGAAGUUCUACCCUCCUGAUCCAGCUCAGCUCACAGAAGACCUCACCAGGUACUACCUGUGUCUACAGCUGCGUAAGGACAUCCUGAGUGGCCUGCUGCCAUGCUCCUUUGUGACUCUGGCCAUGCUAGGCUCCUACACCGCCCAGUCUGAGCUGGGGGAGUAUGACCCAGAGGUCCACAGCUCUAAUUACACCAAGGAGCUGAGGCUGGCCCCGGGACAGGGCAAGGAGCUGGAGGACAAGGUCAUGGAGUUGCACCGUACAUAUAGGUCCAUGAGUCCAGCCCAGGCAGAUAUGUUGUUUCUGGAGAAUGCCAAGAAGCUGUCUAUGUAUGGAGUGGAUCUGCACCAAGCCAAGGAUCUUGAGGGUGUGGACAUCACGCUAGGGGUGUGUUCUGGUGGUCUCAUGGUAUACAAGGACAAGCUGAGGAUCAAUCGUUUCCCCUGGCCCAAAGUCCUCAAGAUCUCCUACAAGCGAAGCAGCUUCUUCAUCAAGAUCCGUCCCUCUGAGCAAGAACAGUACGAGAGCACAAUUGGCUUCAAGCUGCCCAACUACAAGGCCUCCAAGAGGCUGUGGAAGGCCUCAGUGGAACACCAUACCUUCUUCAGGGUGUCUUCCGUGGAGCCCCCGUCGUCCCGCUCCAGGUUCCUGGCACUGGGGUCAAAGUUCAGGUACAGCGGCCGUACCCAGGCCCAGACCCGCCAGGCCAGUUCCAUGAUCGACCGGCCCGCCCCACGCUUCACACGGUCCGCCAGCAAGAGGCUGUCCCGCACCAUCGACGAAGCUGGAGAUGAUGAUCUCCAAGGCUCGCAGCUCUCUGCUAGCCCAAACAAGACCGAGGAUGACGAUAGGUUCCUCACUCUGGGGUCUGACCAACCCCAGCCCUUCUUUUCACCAGUCAAAUACCGCUCUGCCAAGGUGGUAAAGGUAGCCAAGGCCGACAUUCUACAGAGGCUGCUACAACCAAGGCAGGAACAAAGGGAUGACUGGUUCAUGCAACUGGACCACAGCUUUGAGUUUGCAGACACACCUCCAUUCUCUCCCCCAGUCUCCCUGGAGAAGAAGGAGACUAGGCAGGAGAGGAGGGAGGAGGUGAUCAAGAGGCUCCAGGGAGGAGUGUUCCUGGUGGAGAAGCUGAGGGAGGUGGAGGUGUUGGAGGAGAGACUGAGGGAGGUGAAGGUUCUGGAAGAACGGCUGCAGGAGGUGGAAGAGCUGGAGGAGAGGAUACAGGAGGAGGUGGAGGCCAGGCAGCAACAGGAGGAGGAGGAGGGAGGGGUAGAACAGGAGGAGGGGGAGGUAGAGGCAGCAGAAGAGAAUGUGGAGGAAGUAGAUGAGUUGGAGGAGCAGAUAAAGGAGGUGUUUCUCAAAGGGUUGCUGCCAGAUGAGUCAGGGGAAGAUGAGGGACUAAAAGAGGAGAGUAUGGAACAGGCAGAGGAAUCGGAGGAAGGGUGGUCAAAUGUCAUGAGCACCUCCUCUGUGGUUCGGAGAGUAGGGCGGAGGACCCAGAAUAGUGUGACUAUAGUGAAAGAGAUGAGGCAACAAGAAGGAGAGAUGGCGGAGGAGACAGUGGAACAGGUGGAGGUUUCAGACGAGGGAUUGAAAGAGGGUAAAGGAGGUUUAGAGGAGAGGAAACGACAAGCUUUGAAGGAAGGGUUGCCAGAGGGGCUUGAUGAAAGGAGAGGAGAGAAGAGGAAGAAGAAGGUGACUAUAGUGACACAGGAUGACAGUCUUCCAGAUGAACUAGAGCAGAAAGCAUCUGAGAAGUUGUCAGAGGACCAGAAAGGGGGGCAUUUUUAUAAAGAGGGACAACUUAUGGUGAAAUUCAAUGAACUAUUCGCGGCAGAGAAGUUAGGGUUACCGAUAGUUACGAUUCAGCAGAAGAUCGCAUACGAGGAGUGGCUCCAAGAACAGGAGAAGGUCAGGGAGGAGAAACAGGAGGAGAGAGUGGAACAGGUGAAGGUUUCAGACGAGGGAUUGAAAAAGGUGGAAGGAGGUCUAGAGGAUAGGAUGCGGCAGAUGUUGGAGGAAAGGUUGCCAAAGGGAGUUGAAGAAAUGAGAGGAGAGCAGACUGUGAAGAAAACCAAGAAAACAGUGAGAAUAACAGAAGGAAAGACACAGGAUGAUCGUCUUCAAGAUGAGCUGAGAGCACACGAGAAGACAUCAGAGGACCAGAUUGGUGGUCAUUUUUAUAAAGAGGGGCAACUUAUGGUGAAAUUCUAUGCACUAUUUGGGGAGGAAGAUCAUUUGCAGCAGAAGGACACACGAAAGGAGAGGCUCCAAGAACUGAAAGAGGUGGAAGGUUUAGAGGAGAGGAUGCGACAGGUUUUGGAGAAAGGGUUGCCAGAGGGGCUUGAGGAAAGGAGAGUUGAGAAAAGCAAGAAAAUGGUGAGGAUAGUGGAAGAAAUGACGAGAACACAAAAGACACUGGAGGAAAAGUCAUCAGAGGACAUUUUGUCAGAGGAAAAGCUGGGAGAUGGUUUCUAUACAGAGGGGGAAGUGUUGGUGAAAUUCAGAGAGGUGGUGGAGAGGGUUCAACAGAGAAUCAGACAAACUGAGAAGCCCCAAGAAGAAGACGAGGAGGUAAUGGAAGUGAAUAUGCAGCCAUCCCAGCCAGAAGACAAGGAUGAUUGGGUUGUUCUGCUGGACAGCCUCCCACAACAGACCCUUUAUAAGCCUCCAGUCAUGCCAGUCGACUCAGCUCCGGUGCCUGUGGCCUCCACAAGAUUCUCUGUGGUGUUAGUAGACACGGUCGAGCAUAGAGCACCAGAGAGGGAAUGCAUUGAGGUGGAGGCCACACAGCAACAGCCUGAAAGGGGAUUGGUGGAAGGACAGAGACCGUGGCAAAUACAGGAAGAUGAUUGGUUUAUGCUCUUGGACCUGGCUGAUCGUGUUCCUUCAGGGAUACCAACCACACCAGUUUCAGCUUCUUUGGAAGUGCAAGUUCAGGUGUACGUAGAGGAAACCAUCUCUUCCAUGGUUAAAGUGAUGACAGUAGAGCAGAGAGAGGAGACCACGGUGACUGUAGUGGAGGAGAUGGAGUUACAGCAAGAGGAGAGACAUCUGGAGCAGAAACCAUCACAGUCACAGAGAGAGGUGGAAGAUGACUGGUUUGUUCUGCUGGAUGUUGUUCCCAGAGAACCAUCUGUGAUUCCGUCAGGUAUUUCCCUUCUGUGGAAGAGUGUAUUCCGGUAUAUACUGAAAAAAGCGUCUCCAGCGUCUCCUGUGGUUGAAGUGACGACAGUAGAGCAGAGAGAGGAGAGAAGGAUGACUGUAGUGGAAGAGAAGCAAGAGGAGAGACGUCAAGAAGAAUUUAUACUUCCACCACAGCCAUCAAGAGAGAUAGACGAUGACUGGUGUGUGCUACUGGAUGUCAUUCCCAGAGAAACAUCCUAUAUACCACCAGUCGCUCCAGCAGAGCCAACACUGGUUUCUCCAGAUGUGGCCAGCCCUGUGGUUGAGGUAAAGGCUGAAGAGCAGAAGCCAGUGGUGGUUCUGGUGGAGGAGACGAGGCCACAACAUAAACAGGAAGUAGAGGAGUGGCAGCGACAACCAGAGAGAGAUGAUGAUUGGUUUACACUGUUUGAUGAUGUCCAUGAGGAGCCGAUCAUUGUACCACCAGUUGCUCUUCGUGAGCGUACUCCGGUAUAUCCAGAUUUAAGCCAGACCACCUCCGUGGUAGAAGUGACAACCGUAGAAAAGAGAAUCAAGAAGACAGUGACUAUUGUUGGAGAGAGGUGGGGACAGCAAGAGGAGACACUCCAGUCAGAGAUGAUCAUCUCAGAGCAGAGACCACCACCAGCAGCAGAGAGAGAGGAGGGAGAUGACUGGUCUAUUCUGUUGGAUGCCGUCCGUGAAGAACCUGCUGGGGUUCCACCAGUUUCUCUGGCUGUUAGCGAUAGGGUAGACCCAGAGGUUGUGCCAACCAAAGAGCCGACCAUUGAGCCUGAACCAAGAGUGUCUGUGGUGGAAGCAGUCAGAUCAUUUCCUGAAGGAGUUGCCCUGGAGGGUAAAGCAACACAACCGCAGAUAGAGCUGGAUGAUGAUUGGUUUUUGCUGCUGGAUGUUGCCCCUAAAGUAGCAGCUGCACCAGUGGUGGUGAUUUACCCUGAUGUGAGCACCACAGCUGUUACCGUGGUGGAGGAGACAGUGGAACAGAAACCACAGAAGACCGUGAGGAUGGUGGAAGAGACUGUUAAGAUGGAGGAGGGGCCUGUGGUAACACCUAGAGAAGUGGAUGAUGAUUGGUUUGUGCUUUGGGACCCCGCUCCCUCCGAGAUACUGACCACACCCACGGCCUUCCCCAUAGACAGAGAGGUUAUAGAGCAGGUACCCCGGAGAACAGUGAUUGUGGUGGACGAAACUAGGAAACCCCAUAGAGUGGUGGAGGACAGACGUAAACAGGAGGUUGCACUGGUGCAAACACUGCCUCCCCAAGAGAGAGGGGAGGGUGAUGAUUGGUUCAUGCUCCUUGAAGCCUCUCGUCAAGAGCCUGUGAAGAUGCCAACAGUUGCUGUGGUAACUAGACCUGCCCCUGUGGUUGACGUGAUGGUGACGAGCACAGAGCCGAGAACCCAGAAAAGGGUGACGAUAGUGGAGGAGAGGUGGAGAGAGGAGAGGACCCUGCAGCAGAGACUGCCUCAGACACAGACACAGAGAGAGGUGGACGAUGAUUGGUUUGUCCUGCUGGAUGCUGCCCCUAAAGAAUCAGUUGCUCUUCGAGAGCGUCUCCAGGUCUAUCCAGACAUAACGUCUGUGGUCAAAGGUCCAGCCGCUCAGCCCAAACCCAGAGUGGUGGUUGCUGAGGAGAAGAGACCACUGUUUGAGAGGAGGAUUCUGGAGGAGAGACCAGCACAACCCCAGAGAGAUGAGGAUGAUGAUUGGUUUGUGUUGCUGGAUAAAGAAUCGGGUACAGUGGUGGGCACCCACAAGGCCACCCGUCCGGUCAGCGCCCCAGUCUUUUCCCAGGCAGCCCUGAUGGAGGCGGGGAUCCCCAUGGCCCCCCUGGACCUCCAGCAGCCCCAGACCUCCACCCCCAUCAGGCUGCCAGCCCGCCAGGAGGACAGGAAGCUGGAGGUCACUAUGGAGGCGGUGGACGAGGGCUCAGCCGAGGUCAAGUCUGAGCAGACGGACACUGAGGAGCCGGUGCGAAUAAGGAAGAAAAGAGCUAAGAGAACUGAGGGUGACUCAAUUUAUAUCAGACAUAGCCUUUUAAUGUUGGAGGACUUUGAUAAGCCCCAGGAGGAUCUGAUCAGGCACCAUAGCAGUAUCAGUGAGCUGAAGAGGAACUUCAUGGCGUCUGUCCCAGAGUCCCAGGGGCCCACCGAAUGGGACAAGCGCCUGUCCACUCACUCCCCCUUCCGCAGCCUGGGCAUCAACGGACAGCCCCUGCCCGGUGCCGACGAGGGCCAUCGGGGGGGCCCAGCCCUGCUAGGAGCACAGAAACUGGGCCUUAUGGGGUUGACUCCAAAUUCCCAUGAUGCACCAGGGGUGGUGGGGCCAUGUGAUCAGGGGGAUGAGGAGGAGCGUGUUAGCUCUGGGAUCACCACCAGCCACGUACCCAUCGUUGAGGUGGAGAGGGCACAGCUGCCCCACUCCUAUCAACUCCAGCGUACAGUGCUGGAGGAGGAGGAGGAGGAGGAGGAGGAGGAGGAGCCGUCAGACCCAGGGUCGAGGGGGGAGCAGUCUGGGAGGAUAACUGGAGCCUUCCACACCUCCUAUUUCGUGAGCGGUGUUCCCCAUGUCAUACGCUGUUUCCAGCCCCCUCUGGUGCAGACCCAGACGGUCACCAUCACAGACGUGUCCAACUCCCUUCCUACCGACGUCUCCACUAAGGAUGUCCCUAUCAUUCAGACCCAGACAAAGACUAUCACCUACGAGUCUGCAGAGGUGUCAGUUGACGGGUCAGACGGGGAGAAAGAGGCCACAGCACUGAGCAGCAUUCAGACCAUUACCUCAGAGACCAGCAGGGAAACCAGUGGCACCUCCAUCACUACCACCACCACUCACAUCUCCAAGGUGGUGAAAGGAGGAGCGUCAGAGACCAGAGUGGAGAAGAGGAUCGUCAUCACUGCCGACUCAGAGGCUGACCAGGGAAGCGACGGCGGAGCAACAGCAAUGUGAUUCAGCCCAACACACAGUCAGAGAGCAGCCCUCUGGAUCUGAUGCUCAAGACACCAGAGACUUCUAGUACAGGGGACCAAAUGACUAACCUCAUUAUCCCAGAGCCACUCCCACCUCCUCAACCCAUACUGACAUUGUGUCCAGACUGGUCCCCUCUAGAACCACUGUGGUUACAUCCCAAAUGGCACCCCUUAUUCUGUAUAUAGUGCACUACUUUUGACCAGAGCCCUGGUCAAAAGUAGUGCACUAUAAAGGGAACUAUGGUGCCAUUUGGGACGCAUCCUGUGUCUCCCUGCCUAGUGGGAUAUGAACAGGCCAGGGAGAAAGCCUAUCGUGUCCUCUCUUUCCACAGUGCUGUUCUGACUGCAUGGUGGCUUCAUUUUGGUCUAUUCCACUCAAAUCUCAUAUUUCGCCAAAUUACUCAUUUUUUUAUUGUAGUAGGAAAGAUAAACAUACCUUUUUCAGUUCUAAGAUCAUUUAGGUAAUUUGCUUUUAAAUGUUUAUUUACAACAUAUUUUUCUGUUGUUUUUAUUGCUUGACAACUACUGUAUAAUUCAGUUUAAAGGUAGAUUCAGAGAUAUGACGUAGAUGCAAGUAAACAGCAUAGUGGGUCAAUUUCCGCAAAACAACUAAGAGCAUUGAAGCGCGAGGCUCAACUUCUCCACUGU